CCGGCCGCAAACCCGGAGCCCGUCGCGCGGCCCGGCCUUCUCCGCCCUCCGCGCCGUGACGAAUCGGCGCCCGACUGGGAAAGGAUCCAAACUGGAGGAGUUCUGAAGACUCUGUGGAGCCUGAAAAAAAAAAUCCUUGAGCGCACCAAGCUUCGCCGCGUGUUCUCCGCAAGGGCGUUCGUCGGAGGAGAGCCGGCCCCGGCCGGCCGAGAAACCCCACGGCGUGUGGAAAGUGCGAGCGCGGAAGCUCCGGCGCGAGGGGCGGGGCGAGCGCGGGACAAAGGGAAGCGAAGCCGGAGCUGCGGGCGCCCUCUCGGCCCGCGGUGUCUCAGAUUCAUUCUUAAGGAACUGAGAACUUAAUCUUCCAAAAUGUCAAAAAGACCAUCUUAUGCCCCACCUCCCACCCCAGCUCCUGCAACACAAAUGCCCAGCACACCAGGGUUUGUGGGAUACAAUCCAUACAGUCAUCUCGCCUACAACAACUACAGGCUGGGAGGGAACCCGGGCACCAACAGCCGGGUCACGGCAUCCUCUGGUAUUACGAUUCCAAAGCCCCCAAAGCCACCAGAUAAGCCUCUGAUGCCCUACAUGAGGUACAGCAGAAAGGUCUGGGACCAAGUAAAGGCUUCCAACCCUGACCUAAAGCUGUGGGAGAUUGGCAAGAUUAUUGGUGGCAUGUGGCGAGAUCUCACUGAUGAAGAGAAACAGGAAUAUUUAAACGAAUACGAAGCAGAAAAGAUAGAGUACAAUGAAUCUAUGAAGGCCUAUCAUAAUUCCCCUGCAUAUCUUGCAUACAUCAACGCAAAAAGUCGUGCCGAAGCUGCAUUAGAGGAAGAAAGUCGACAGAGACAGUCUCGCAUGGAGAAAGGAGAACCCUACAUGAGCAUUCAACCUGCCGAGGAUCCAGAUGAUUAUGACGAUGGCUUUUCAAUGAAGCAUACAGCCACUGCCCGUUUCCAGAGAAACCACCGCCUCAUCAGUGAAAUCCUCAGUGAGAGUGUGGUGCCAGACGUGCGCUCAGUUGUCACAACAGCUAGAAUGCAGGUCCUCAAGCGGCAGGUCCAGUCUUUAAUGGUUCAUCAGCGAAAACUAGAAGCCGAACUUCUUCAAAUAGAGGAACGACAUCAGGAAAAGAAGAGGAAAUUCCUGGAAAGCACAGACUCCUUUAACAAUGAACUUAAAAGGCUAUGCGGCCUGAAGGUAGAAGUCGAUAUGGAAAAAAUUGCAGCUGAAAUUGCACAGGCAGAAGAACAGGCCCGCAAGAGGCAGGAGGAGCGGGAGAAGGAGGCGGCAGAGCAAGCCGAGCGCAGUCAGGGCAGCGUCGCCCCCGAGGAAGAGCAGGCCGCAAGCAAAGCCGAGGAGAAGAAGGACGAGGAGAGCAUUCCCAUGGAGACAGAGGAGACGCACCUUGAAGAAACAACAGAGAGCCAACAGAAUGGUGAAGAGGGCACGUCUACCCCUGAGGACAAGGAGAGUGGGCAGGAGGGGGUGGACAGCAUGGCAGAGGAAGGGACCAGUGAUAGCAAUACUGGCUCGGAGAGCAACAGUGCUACAGUCGAGGAGCCCCCCACAGACGCCAUGCCAGAAGACGAGAAGAAGGAGUAAAUGUUGCCUUGUUUUAUGUGUCCUCGAUACUUUUUUAAAUGAAACAAAUGUUUUUUUGGUUUUAAUGGUGUUAUGUGGUCUGUGUAUCGAUUACUUUCUUGUCCAGGCAUACCACCAAAGUCUUUUUACAACCACCACCAUCAUAUGUAGCCUAAUGUCAGCCAUUCACCUUUCUUAGCUUUGUCACAUGGUUCUUUCCUUUAGAUAUUGUUGGUAGCACUCAACUUCUGAAAGCCUCAGAAUUUAAUCAAUCAAGAAGACACCCGCCUCUUUUAGAGAAUUAUCCUUGAUGCUGCAGAAUCUACUUACAAUGCCUUCCUUCUGCUCACCUGGGUGCUCACCAAAGCCAUAGCUUUAAACCUCCCAGCCCCAUCGCCAGCUUCCUGAGUCCCCUGUCCUUUGUACCUGUGCAGAGUACCUUCUUAAAAACAUCAUGUAUGUGUGUUUGUUCAUUUACCUUUUUAUUUCUAAUUGAUGUCGGGUACCAAGAGUUCUGUUACAAGGUAGAGUGUAGCCUGAAACUACACAUAGAUAGUACUGGUCUAGAAAUAGCCUACGUGGUAGAGUACUUACUGGUGUGAAACAGUUGUUAAAUGAGCAUAGUGCAUGCACAGUAUCUAUUCUGCUUUUCAUUCUCAUCGUUGUGGGUUUGUUCUGGAAAAUUCAUCCUUCUGUACAGGGGAAAUACUUUUUUACCAGGCUUUCCAAAGACACAAUAGGCAGAGCUUAAGGAAUGGAGUGCUUGUAGUGGACGGCACAGCUUCAGAGCGGCUGGUGCAUUCCAGAGAAAAAGAGCUGGGAAUUCAGUUCAUCCACUUGAACAUGUUUUACAGUAACAAAAACAUUUCAAACCUCAAGGCUCAGGAUCCCAUAGAUCAGAGCCUACCUUUUUUGAUAAUCCUUUAGUAAAGUCUUGGAGACUAGAGACAAGAUAGUUUGUGACGCGUACGCUUCCUAAAAACUAGAGUAGAUUUUUACUGAAUAGUGGUAUAUAUGAUGGUAUAUGUUUCUAAAGGUCCAAACAUAAUAAAGAAAUUAAAA